AAGCGAAGAUGCCAUGAUACUUGUGGUGUCGACAACUGAUGCGUGGGCCGGCGCUGCAAUUAAUGAUCACGAGUGCUAGCGCAGACGGGUGGGGCCCGAGAUCGUAAUGCAAUCAAAUUGUGUCGGACAAAUGCAGGACCAUAGAUUGUUUUCUGGUCUCUCUCCUGCUAUCCAAUCAUGCAUCUUCUCCUUCCUAUCUCUCCGCGACACUUUGUGCGCAUCGCGUGCUUGCACUGCUUGGAACAAGGCCUUGUCGAUAGAUGCUAUAUGGGUGUCUUUACUCCACCGAGAGGGAUUUUGGUUCGGGGCCGGCUCAGAAUAUCAAUUCGUCGAAGCCCUCGCUCGCCGUGGUACCUUUGCCGUAGACUCUACCUCCAUUCCUUCAUCAAGCCCAUACAAAGUCUUGUUCAAGUCCAGGUUCUUGACCAAAACUCGAUGGAUAUCUAACACCCAACCCAGACACACCAGAUUCAACGCCCAUGGUCGCUCAGUAGUCACGUGUCUGGUUAUCCAUGGAGAUCGAGUAAUCUCAGCUUCAGACGAUCAUUCCAUUCACGUAUACUCUCUUUCCACUGGCCUUCUCAUACACUCCCUUAUCGGUCAUCAUGGCGGUAUUUGGAGUUUGGCUGCCCACAAGAGCGAAUUGGUCAGUGGUUCGACUGACCGUACGGUCCGAAUCUGGGACCUAUACACCGGUCGUUGCACCCAUGUAUUCGGUGGUCACACUUCGACGGUCCGCUGCAUAGCUAUCGUCAGGCCAGAGCGGGUAACUAUGGAGAACGACAAUGGGUUGGUGAAGAAGGAGAAGUGGCCAAAUCGGCCGUUGAUCGUCUCUGGCAGUCGGGACCAUUCGUUACGCGUGUGGAUGCUACCUAGACCCGGCGAGAUGGAGUAUAGAUGUCGUGUUUUCGACGAUACGGAUGCUGGCCCCACAAAUGAGGAUGUUGAUGAGAACCCUUACCACAAGUUACAUCUGGAGGGGCAUGACCACGCCGUUCGUGCUCUUGCAGCACGGGGACGUACACUCGUCUCUGGCAGCUAUGAUUCGACGGUUCGUGUAUGGGAUAUCAUAACGGGCAACUGCAAGUGGGUCCUGGUGGGCCACACGCAGAAAGUCUACAGCGUCGUCCUAGACUCGGCUCGCAAUCAAGCGUGUUCGGGCUCAAUGGAUAGCACCGUCCGUGUCUGGAAUCUUCAAACGGGCGAAUGCCAACACACCUUGACAGGACACGCUUCUUUGGUCGGCCUUCUUGGCCUUUCUCCAUCGUAUCUUGUAUCCGCUGCUGCCGACUCUACUCUCCGUAUCUGGGACCCCGACAGUGGCGAGCUUCGAAACACGUUGGCGGCUCACACGGGCGCUAUCACCUGCUUCCAGCACGACGAGUUCAAGGUCCUGAGCGGUUCUGACGGUAGUCUGAAGAUGUGGGACGUCCGUGAUGGAUCGAUUGUGCGGGAUCUUUUGACUGGACUCAUCGGUGUUUGGCAGGUGGUCUUCGAGGGGCGGUGGUGCGUCGCUGCCUCCAAUGGUCAAGAUACGACAAGGCUAGAUAUCUGGGACUUUGGAAAUGGAAUAGACGACGAGAAUUGGAUAGGAGAACCUCUGGGUGACGUUUAUGAAAAGGAUGACACAGACGACGAAGAGGGCGUGGAAGAUACUAGGUAAUUGUUCAGACGUCCAAUCAUGCCAACCAGAAUCGUGUAGGGUCCAUGUCCCUAUGAACUUGUUCUGUUGUAAUUAUCGCGAUAAGGGUGGAAGUCCUCAGGCUACUAGUAGGCCGGCCUCUUACAUGUACACUGCGAGUGUUUGUAUUAGAUGUAAACUUU